AUGCCAAAUUUACCAAGUGAUCAUAUAAAUGAAAUCGUUGAAGUUGAUUUUCCAACAGAAUUAGGAGUUUCAACAUUUUAUCAACUUCUUGGUCAAAUGACAUUACUUGGUUCUACAAUUUUUCAUAAAUGUACUAUUGUACGUUUAUUAAGUUUUACAGAAUGGAAUAGAAAAUAUUCUUUUGCUGACAAUAAAUCAAUUUUAAUAUCAUUAUCUGAUUCGGAACAAUUUGACAUAAAAGAAGUUGAACCUGCUGAAGCAUUAGAUGAACUUUUUAAAGAACAAUUUAUUGAUGAUAAUGGAAUUUGUGAUGAUGAUAUUGAACAAAAAGAUGAUGAACCAACUUCUUAUUCUUCAACUACAACAUCAUUUUAUUAUUCACCAACUUUAUCAGGUUCAUCAUCUUCGAGUCAAAUUACACAACAACAUAAAAAACCGAUGACAUUAGAGAUUGUUGUACAAUUACAAUAUUUAUCUCCACAGAGUGAAUUAUUUUCAAAAAUGGUUCAUUAUUUUUCAACAACGAUAUUUCUUCGACCAAUUUCUUAUGGAAGAUAUGUAACAAGGAUGACCAUUCCUAUACCAUCAAUUUCUACGAUUGAACCAAUUUUAACAUGGUUAUAUAAUCAUGACGAUAAAGCUUGGAUGGAUACAAUAACGUCUAGAAAUUUUGAGCAGGUAUGCCAAAAUGUAAUAUUUCUUGGAUUAGGUGAUGAAGCGUUUUCUGUAUUGGAGAGAGUAUUUCAAAAGUUGAUGAUAGAAGAAUAAAAUAGAAUUGUAAUAUUCAUAGUUUUUUGUAA